AUGCCUUACACGCCUCCCUCCCAGCGAUCUCCAGCUGCCUCUGCUCCUCACUCUCCCUCGAGCAGCCGUCGAUCCUCCUCCUCGUACCAGUCUGGGCAGCUCCUCUCGCCAGCUUCCCACCGGCCCGAGCUGCCACGGUCGACUUCAUACCUCAACCGACAUCGGCGGACGACAUCACUCAAGACGGCCUCUUUCGAACCCUCUCUCGAGCCCACACCUCCCGGAACAGCAGACCGAGAGGACAACGAGACGAGCAGUGGGAUUGCUAAGGGCAGCAUCAGACAAUCACCGCCGCCGGUGACCGGCGAGGCUCAGGUGCCCGCAGGUGCAAUCAUCUCCCCGCCCGACUCCACACACAAUUCGAGCGAUGACGAGGAGACGAGAGAUUCCAGAGGUCGGGAUCUGGACAACUUGGCAGAGCUGCAAGCUGCCAUCCGGAUAAUUGGGCAGCAUAGGGAAAGCUCGCCAACCAGGAAAGCAGAAGAGAUUGGAAAGGCCAACAAGGCCUUGACGCUGCUCAUGCCCCCCUCAGCAGCCGAAGAUCAGCCAGCGGCGCGCCAUGUUGACUCUGCGACCCUCGGCACCUUGAGAAAGAUCGCCCACCACCGUUCAAAGACCGAGACGGUCUUCUUGGAUUUGCGAUCGAGCGCACCCGAGACUCCCCUGACAGGAUCCGAGGAAGAGUCAGUCACCGAUGAGGAGGAGGAGGAGGAGGAGGGUGAAUCCAUGUCGCGACGAAAGCCUCCCAUGCUCAGGAAGAAGUCUGGUGAGCUCGUUCGACCAGCGCUACGACCCUCGUCAGCCAGAAGACGCCCAUCCAGCAUGCCCGGCACCCCGACUUUCUCCAAGGCCGUGCACUUCGACUCUCACCUGGAGCACGUCCGCCAUUUCCUUCAGGUUGAUCGACCUUUGGCGGUCAGUGUCGGGUCUUCACCUGUCGAGCAGUACGAUAGCGAGACGGAGUUUCCCUUCCCAGAAGACGUGACGCAGAAUCCGCCGUUCGAGUGGGAGAUCAGCGUGUCCAACUUCCCGGCCGAGACGCCGAUUCGCCUGGCACUCCCGAUAAGGGUCGAGCGGGUCUUCCUCUCCUCCGACAACAAGAUGCUGGUUGGCAGCGUGGCAGUUGCCAACCUGUCGUUCCAAAAAUAUGUCGUGGCACGAUUUACCCUCGACUACUGGAAGACCACUUCCGAGGUCGUCGCUGAGUUCAAUCACGAUAUCCGGCAGCCACGGAACGAUGGCUACGACCGCUUCAACUUCAACAUCAAGCUUGCCGACCAAGCUAACUUGGAAGCGAAGACGAUGUUCUUCUGCGUGAAGUACUCCGUGAAUGGACAAGAGUACUGGGACAAUAACAACGCUACCAACUUUCAGGUUGACUUCCGCAAGAAGGCGCGGCCGUCGAAUGGGAAGAAGGGACCUCUCGGUGCAGCCAACAGAUCAGCCGGCUCCUUACCGAGAAGCAACAAGAGGUCGCCGCUGGCCAACGGGAGACCCCGGUCCAUGCCGGUUGCCUUCGAUGACUUUGCUGAUGGCUUCGACGCCAGGUAUCAGUUUGAUGAUUUCAGGCAACCAGUCAGGGAUUUUAUGGCCGAGUCUGGCCCGGUUCGCCUGAAGGGAGUCAGGUCUGCUGUCAGCUUGGCAUCGGACAACCUCACUCGACGGGCGCCGCAAUCCAGCAGCCAGGCUUUCGGGAACCGAUACGACUUCGGUGCCUCGCUGUCUGCUGCGAUACAGGCGGCCAACCCGGGUGGCCGAUCUGGUCACUCCACGAAGCCUGCCAGCAAGAAGCAACAGACUAAGAAGCCCGUCCCCGAUGCCGAAGAGGGCUCCUCCCCCAUCACCAUGGCCAGCAAGCGAACGCUGAACAAAUCAUCACCGCCGUCAUCACCCAGGACUAUUGCGGCGGCGACCUCCACGCCGGGGACAGACUCGCCCAGACCUGCUGGUGUCGAUAAGCCUGCUUUGGCAUCCCAGUCAUACAACGAGCUGUUGGACAAAUACUGCUUUUUUGGCUCUACCAGGAAUUCCCCACAGCUGAAAGAUGGAACCCUGCGAGCGGGUCAGCUCGAUGGCAGUAGCGGAGAGGGCUUCGCUCUUGGAUCUGCCGAAUCUUCUACAGUGAGCUCCCCGAUGAUGAUGGAGAGGAUUCUACCACCCUCUCAGAAAGCAAGCACGCGGGCGUCGCGCUCUGCUUCGCCAGCUCCGAUGACGGGCUUCGCUUCGGGUACGUCCCCGAUGUACCACCACUUCCAUGUUGGUUACCCGUUCCACGACACUCAUACCGCAACAGCAAUUCGGGGUUGA